AGUGCGCGCUUGCGUCGCUCGGUCGUCCGCCUGCAGCACGCGCCAUGCCGCUGUGCGACAAGUGGGUCGCGCUCAAGAUCCUAGAGUUCUUGUUCUGCGUGGCGUGCCUGGUUGCAAAGCGAGUGUCCUCUGACGACGAGGCUCGCCUGGCGCUGCUCUUGCAGAAGUUUUCGCGGGAGUGGUCCCUUCUCACGUCCGUUACCUGGGACUCCGUUGGCGGAGCCUUUGCUGAUGCUACAUAUGGGGGUUACGUGAUAAUAACCUUCGGACUUAUAUUGGGUCGGAUCUUUCAAGAAGUACCAAAGGGACGACGGAUAUUGGAAGGUUUUCUCCUCGGUAUUGGAAUGCUUUUCUUUUUAAUUUUGGGUGGUCUAGAGUUAGCGUCACUAGACUCAGUCCCAAGAAACCUAAUAGUAAACGCGUCUGUACUGGGUUCGCUGUCGCUCGCUACCGCUAUUCUAUUUCUAAUAGAUCUCCUGGGACCCAGAGUGUACACAGCGACACGACCUUCGCAAACCGAUUCAUUUUCUUCGCCGAAACCCGAAAAGAAAGUUUCCAUACUGUCCCAUACAACGCCAGCAACUAAUGGCCACGUGCCUAACGGAAAGCAAAACGGACACGUACCCGCCGAGAGGCCGAAGGAUUUAGAUCUUAACAAAGCUAAAGAAAAAGAAACGAAAAACGAAGAGAGCAGCUUGUUCGACGAACCCGAUAGUGUGUUUACGAAAAUAGACAACCUUCCUAUAGAGAAAGAUCUAGAAAGAUCAAAGUUUGGAUCUUUGCGCAACGGCGUCGAGGCAGGAACUUACGUUCGGCUCUCAGAUCCAUUGUCAAUACCAGACAAGCUGCAUUACGAACAGGAACUUGCCAAAUUCAAUGAAAAAUAUCUGAGAGACUAUUUAGAUAACGUAGCGGGGCGAUUGCCGGUGAAAGAAGACUAUUUGCCUGAAUUACAAACACCGGUGUUUUCCAAAGUGAAAUCGGGCCGAUUGAAACAUUUGCACGAGGACCUCUCGCUGACGUAUGAAAAGAAACGUCAAUCGAAGUCUCCGACGAGAGCGAAGACGGUCCCUUCACCGACGAUUCAACAACUUGAAGACUAUUUACGGAGUUCCAACAGGUCGAGACGGUCUGAAACUCCAGCCUUAUUCCCGAUGGAGCCGAUCGAGGAGAAAGAUAGGGAAGGGCCGGAUGUAGAAGGGAGAGCGACCGGCACCCCCACGGAUCCCGGUUACGUGCAGUACACGGCGGGCAGGUGGCCCGACAAAGGCAGGCAAAUACGGACGCCCAGGCACAGUCCGACGCAGUGAAUUAAAUAAUGAUGCCCGACGACUGGAAUUAGUCAUCGCGAGACGCGAACUCGAUGUGGCGUGAUUAAUGAGUGGCCGUGCAAUUAGUGGUAGAGCUGACGAGUGCCCGAGAGCGACUGUCGACUGUUGAAUAAGUUUUCCGGCUUGUAUGUUCGGCUAAUUAAUUGUUAACCAAAUAUAUGCUGCCAUAGUCUGGUGUCAUAGUUGUUUAUGUGUACAGUAUUUACCGAAACCAAUUU